GUCAAAUGCAGCUGGAAGGCACCAGAUUGGGGAAGGCUAACGUGAACCUAUCAGCAUGGGCGGAGUCUCCUCCUCCCCUGUAACCAUCGAUUAUCUCCGCUUCCUGGAUAUGCCAGCAAAACAAACCGGUUGCAUUGCAAGCCGAGCGGUGAUGGUAGCGUUGCCGGAAGGAGGCCACGGCGGCUGUGCAAGUAUCGGCCGCCUCCCUAGCAGGCCUCGGACCGGCUGCUGGCUGUGAGGGUCGCCAUACUGUGUCCGGGGAAAGCGGUUCCUUCUCCACCCCGCCGCCCCUGCCCACCAUCUUUCCCCCAUCUCUUGCGUCGUCCCUCCCUCCCUCCUUCCCCUUCUGGCUCGGCGCUUUCUUUUUCCACCCGCCUCGGCCGCAGGGUUGACAGCGCGAGAUCCGGGGCACCGGAGAACAUGCCGUUGCAGAUGUGGACAAACUCACACCUUGCCAUUUGCGCACGGCCUGUCCUCAUUUGGUUGCGCUCCAGAUGUGUGCCGUCCCUCCUUUGGGCCUCAGGGGGCGGUAGACUCUGGCGAAAAAAGACAAAUGCGCCGGACUCCUGAAUUGGGAAAAAUCAACAUGAAAGGUGAAGAAACUCGGCAGCGUAGAAAGGAAGGCAGAACCAGGAAUGGAGAGAGAUCCAGACAGAAAGCAAAGAGCAAAAGUAAACACAAAGACAGCAAACUUGGCAGCCAAGGCACAGAGGAUGGCCCUUUGCUCCUGCCUCAGAAGCAGCCUCCCGAGGCAAAAGUGGCCAUGGCAAAACUACAGGAGGAAUCUACCUUGGCGAUUGGCCUCCAGGUGCUCCUGCCUUACUUGCUGGCAGGCAUGGGCAUGGUCCUGGCGGGAAUGGUCUUGGAUUAUAUUCAGCACUGGAAAGUAUUCAUUAAAAUCAGAGAAAUGUUUAUUCUGAUUCCAGCCCUGAUUGGUUUGAAAGGCAACCUUGAAAUGACCUUGGCAUCUAGACUUUCUACAGCUGCUAAUACCGGCCGGAUGGAUAAUACACAUGAAAAAUGGAAAAUGGCUAUUUGCAAUAUGGCCUUGAUUCAGGUACAGGCCACUGUGAUAGGCCUUCUGGCAGCUGUAGCAGCAAUCCUUCUAGGUGCACUCUCUAAUGGCUAUUUGGAGGUGAACCAUGCCGUUGUGUUGUGUGCCAGCAGCCUGACAACAGCAUUUGUAGCUGCCUUUUUCCUUGGAUUGUUGAUGAUUGGUGUGAUCAUUGGAGCAAGAAAGAUUGGGAUAAAUCCGGAUAAUGUUGCUACUCCAAUAGCUGCAAGUCUUGGCGAUUUGAUUACUCUUAGUCUGCUGGCUGGAAUUAGCAGUAUUCUCUUCAGAUAUAUAGAUGUAAUCUACCUGUCCCCUGUGGUCUGUACUAUUUUCAUUGCUUUGAUUCCUUUGUGGAUUGCUAUUGCUCGGCAAAGUCCUCCCAUUGCUGAAGUCUUGAAGAGUGGAUGGCAGCCAAUUAUAAUUGCAAUGAUCAUCAGCAGCUUUGGUGGAGUAAUUUUGGACAAAACUGUAGCAAAACCAAAAUUUGAAGGCAUUGCUGUUUUCGUUCCAGUGAUCAAUGGUGUUGGUGGCAAUUUGGUGGCUAUCCAGGCCAGUCGCAUCUCCACAUUCCUCCAUUUCUGGAGCAUGCCUGGAGUCCUGCCACAGAAAAUGAGGCAGCAUUGGCCUAAUCCAUGUACCACCUUCUUCGCUUCAGGUAUCAAUUCUAAAUCAGCUCGAGUCCUGAUCAUGCUAGUGAUCCCAGGACACCUGGUGUUCCUCUAUGCUAUACAUCUCUUUGAGGGGGGCCACACAGCAAUCACUUUAACUUUUGUGGUAUUUUAUCUGACAGCUGCUCUUUUGCAGGUGGGAAUUCUACUCUACAUGGCUGACAUCAUUGUGCGACUAACGUGGAGAAAGGGUCUGGAUCCUGACAAUUAUUCCAUCCCCUACCUCACUGCCCUGGGAGAUCUCCUGGGCACUGGCUUUCUGGCGGUUUGCUUCUACUUCCUUUGGUUGCUCAGUGGGUUGGAGCCAAAACUAGGGAACUAAAGUUGUUUCAACUGUAGUGUCAACCUGCCUGCAAGUCUCUCACAAUCUUCAACAACAGGGUGGUGAAAAGAGGGCAUCCAGGUUCCUCAACAGGAAUAGGUUGUCUCUCCUCCCUUUGGAUCUCAACACUGCAUAGCUGAAAGUUGAAAAGAGCUACAAGUGAUGUAGCAUAAUCAUGUAUCACAGCUUUUGAAGUGUCAGCAAGGAAAGGAUUGUGAAGCACUCUGAUCAGUUUUUCAACCAGUCAAGGAAUCUUAAUACAAUGGCUUGGUUUGAACAGUCUAUUGAUGCUACCAGGAAGCUAAGCCCUAUUCUCAGUGGGGUGGAGCUUGUGUCCUUGAUGAGACCCCCCCACAUUGUCUCCACCACCCCUCGACAAAGGCAUUUUGUUUUCUAUCUGCUAUAUGUUCCCCCAGAGAAAGAGAGAAAAUUAUGUCCAGGACUGUUUUCACUGAAUCCCUAAACAUAAAAAAGAGAAACAAAGCAUUACGGUAUAAUAGUUGAAAAUCUGCUCCAUGACACCUCAUGCAUUAUGGCAACCUGCUCAGCGAAAAUUACUUUGCAUUAAAAAAAUUUAGUCUGUCCACUAAUAUUCAA